AUGAUCGAUAAGAUAAUCGACUGUCUGUACAUUAGUGAUGCGAACAGUGUGAUCAGUCAACGAGGGCAGAAGGAAUUACAGAAAUUGCAGAUCACGCACAUUUUGACCGUAUCGGCUAUGGGUAUUCCAGAACGAUCUCAGCUCCGGGGUGUUGAAUACAAAUUUUUAUUCGUAAUGGAUUCAAUCACCCAAGAUAUUCUCGCCAAUAAUUUACUCAGUUGUGAAGUUGGUGUGUCGAGAUCAGUGGCUUUCGUGGUGGCUUAUUUGAUGCGGCGUUUUCAAUGGUCCCUUGACAAGGCGCUUCUUCAUGUUCGAACUGCAAGACCGAUCGCUCAUCCAAAUGAUGGUUUUCUGCAUCAGCUUAAUGUCUUUCAAAUGAAUGGAUAUAAAGCUGAUGUUCAUUCAUUGUCAAGUAAUCAAGACUAUCGACGAUGGUGUUCUAUGAAUGGCAUUGCACCUGUUGGUGCGCAUGCAAACAGCUUUUCAGCGUUUUUAGAUCUGGCCUCGAUGCCAUCAUUAGAAGGAAACAAUGAACCUUGUGCAUCAAAAGUGGAGUACAGAUGUCGUAAAUGUCGUAAAGCACUAUUCUAUGAUGAACAUCUGGUGAAACACAAUAUAUCGUCGUCAAAAAACACUGCUAAUAUUCAUCAGAAUUAUUCGUACUCGAAUAAUGAUCCAUUUGAAGAAUGCAAAUUCGGUAUCCUCCUAACUCCUAUGAAAUGGAUGGAUCUCAGCUGUUAUGAAGGAAAGAUUUUAUGUCCGUCAUGUAGUGAAAAAUUGGGCAAUUAUGUUUGGGGUGGUCGAAUUUGUUUGGGUAUUGAUGGGAUGAAAUGUGGCACUGCAGUUCGGCCAUGGGUGAAUAUACACAAAGAUAAAGUUGAUGUAAAAUAUGCAACCGACGGUACUGUUGCGGAUUGUGUUAAUGCAAUGAUCGUACAUCCUCCUCCUUCGGUAAUACCACGAAUUAUUGAACCAGGCGAUGAGCCAGAACUGGACUGUCAGCCAAAUCGUUGCACUAAUGAAUCUAUUGGUGUCGGUGGUGGAUCAUCCAAAAAUGGAAAUAUUGAGACGACAACGGGAAAAAGCGAUGAUAUUCAUGUAAGUGCAGUGAUCAGUGCCACACGUUAA